GCCGCCCGUGGGGGCGGGUGGGCGUGCCCGGGCGGUGCGAGGGAUGUUCGGUGGCGGCGGCAGCGGCGGGGGUCGCCCGGGUUCGCCAUGGUCUGAGGCGCCGCGAUGAACGGAGCGGUCCCGUCGCUUUUCGACCCCAAGGAGCGGGUGUUGAAGCUGGGCGAGAGCUUCGAGAAGCAACCGCGCUGCGCUUUCCACACCGUUCGCUAUGACUUUAAGCCUGCAUCUAUUGAUAUGUCCUGUGAAGGAGAACUUAAAGUUGGCAAAGGUGAACAGGUGACAAUAACACUGCCAAAUAUCGAGGGCUCAACUCCACCAGUGACUGUGUUCAAGGGCUCAAAGAAGCCUUACCUAAAAGAAUGUAUCUUAAUUAUCAACCAUGACACUGGAGAAUGUCGCCUAGAGAAACUUAGUAGCAACAUCACUGUGAAAAAAACCAGAGCUGAAGGAAGCAGUAAAGUCCAGUCUCGCAUAGAGCAGCAACAGCAGCAAAUGCGAAAUGCAACUAAGGUUCCAAACAACGUUAAAAAUUCUCCACCAAAAGAAAAGAUGUUUCCGUCUUCUCCUAUGGAUGAUAUCGAACGAGAGCUAAAAGCAGAAGCCAGUAUCAUGGACCAGCUGAGUAGCUCUGACAGUUCAUCUGACUCUAAAAGUUCUUCGUCCUCUUCAUCAAGUAGUGAAAAUAGUUCUAGUGAUUCUGAAGAUGAAGAAACGAAGCCCUCUCUUCCUAUGUCAAUGCCGUAUUUGCAGCCGCAGCCUACUGUGUCUGCCAUACCACAACAGGCUAUCCCUGACAAAGACGCCAGUCAUAACAGAUCCCAAGAGAGCAGUGGUCAUAUGAUGAAUACACUACGAAAUGACUUGCAGCUGAGUGAAUCUGGAAGCGAUAGUGAUGACUGAACACAUUUUUGGCCUUAAAUGUAUCACCUUUUUUGCUAAAUAUGUCUUAGCAUCUGUUUUGCACUAAGAUUAGAUUACCAGAGACUGGAAUGAAUGUCCUCGAUUUUGAUAAUAGACAUCCUAAUUUUCUACUGACACAUCAUGUCUAUAAUACAGCAGCAUUGAUACCCUGUCAGUGCUAUGGUUAUGUGUUUAUCUUUCAAAUUACUGUAUUUACAGUAAAAUUGUGUAUGAUCCGAUUUUGAUUAUUUUUGCCUCAGCCACCUGUUUUACUUGAAACUGAUUUGUAACAGCUAGUUACUUUAUAUAAAUAGUUACAGAAUGGAGAAAUUUCUGAUAUUUAUGGAGGCAAGUUUCCUUUCUAUCAUUUAAAUGCUGAAUGCUGAUCUCGCAACUUUUACUUGGAGGGAGUGAAAGGGAGAACAACUAAAUGAGGUCUGCUCUGUCAGCUACACUUUUUGUUCAGUUCACAGUUCAUACCUUUAAGGAAACUGCUGAAUAAUGUGGUCCACUAGUGCAGUUACAGUUUACAAUUGUUCAACACAUUGCUGAAUUCUUAAUUUCAUUGUAUUAUAGGACUUUAUAUUUCUGAGCCUCAAGAUUCCUAAGGGAACUUGUCUAUUCUCUGCCUUUUUUUUGUAACUUGAAUAGACUGGUCUUUUUACAACCUUUUUGUAUCUAAAUUUAGAUAACUGCAGUGACAGCAAUGAAUUUCCUUCAUUUAAUUCUGUAAUGGAAAUCAGAAUAUUUCUUUGUAGGAGUAUAAAAGUAAUUUAAUAAAGCAAUAUUUAUCAUU